AUGCCCCCCGACUCGAAGACAAAGAUACGUCCACAGCAGUCGUGCCUCAGAUGUCGCGAGCGCAAAGUGAAGUGCGACCGCUCUAUCCCAUGUCAUGCCUGUAUAAUCCGGGGCCUCGAAGCUGAUUGCACCUACCUCACCACCGCCGAAGAUCGUGCCCAAAUCAGUCAAUCCGAGAUAAUAGACCAACUACGUCGCGAAGUCGCACAACUGCGGGGACGUCUGAACCAGAGCCCACGAGAGUCCAGUCAGAGCCAAAGUCAGAGCUCCCAGCGCCCGCGCCCGGACAAAGGGGCCGGAACCUUCCCCGGGAAUAGUCAGAGUUGGACACAAUAUGCGCCCGCGCAAACCGGCUAUAGCUAUAACGGCCAUGCUAAUGGCUCUGGGUAUGCGACCGGCGCUAGCGCUGGUUCUGCCUCGAUUAGAGGUACACCGGAUACUGGCGAGGGUAGCUGGGGCGGGUCGUCUCCAUCCUCGUCGAUCACGACGAUGACGAACUCCGUGACUGUUACAAGUCCGGAUAGUACGGGGAGUGAGAAUGGGACUGGGUCAAUGUCCGCUUCGUCGCGGUCGGCUUCAGCUUAUCCUGUCGCGACGGGGUAUGCGCCGCAAAUUGCGGAGUUGGAUGGGUCGACUGCAGUUGAAUCGCUUGCUUUUGGGAAUGCUAUAGAAGACGCGACAAUGUCUGGAUAUUAUACAGGAGGUAUGACGUAUCCUCCGGGGGCCAUGUCUGGAACAGUCCCAAUACCAAUGCAGAGUCUCCCAGUGCACGGGUUACACGCGCAGGAUGCGAUGUUAGGGAUGCACCCGGCGCUAUACGGAACCAAUGGCAAUGAUUAUAUGCUUGACGGAGGCAAAGCUCUACCAUAUUUACAACACGCUGGCUAUCCCGCACCCAUACCAACAUCAGUGACACAUUACGGGGAGGAAUAUCCAAUACCAAAUGAAGAUGAUACGCCUCAUGCGUAUCAUCAGUGGGGACAAGAUGCAUAUGGAAAUCCGAAUCCGAAUCCGAGUCCGAAUCAAUUCCCGAAUACGCAUAUAUACCAAACCCCGUCUCAUUAUUCAACUAUCAAUACCUUCAAUACCACCAACACAAACAUCAACACCUAUACAGACGCACCCUUCCCUCUACCAAACCCGUCACCUGUGCCAGGAGAUACUUCAAGCCAUGCCAGCCCCAGUUCCCAGGACCGUCCUUCACCAACAACCAUAAUGAACUCAAUGCCGAGCUCCUGGAAGGGCGAGGGAAAACAGGAAUUGCUGGAGAUCCUGCUGGAAACAAUUGCCACCUGUGAUGAGCAACGCCUACCUCAGGUGAUUCAGGUCUUGCGGGCAAGUCCUUCACCCGAGGAGGCGGUUUCGGGGGUUUGUCAGGUUCUCGGGAUUUGGAAUGGGCGGUGA